AUAAAUGAGCAUAGAACAUGCACUGCAGAUGGGCAAGCGCUGUCUGUCUACCUGCUGUCUCCUUCUUCCCGGAAUAUACAGGUAAACACAAAAAGAAAAAUAGUGGAAGAAGAUUCAAAGAAGAAUAUGAAUGGAAGUGGAGGCAGUAAUGCUACUGUUACAUACUGUGUUACUGGUGCAAAUGGGUAUAUAGGAUCUUGGUUGGUCAGGCUUCUUCUUCAGAGAGGCUACCUGGUCCAUGCUACUCUUCGUGAUCCUGCAAAGUUAUUGCAUCUAUUGUCGAAAUGGACUGGAGGAGACCGAUUGAGAUUGUUCACAGCUGAUUUGCAAGAAGAAGGUAGCUUUGAUGAGGCUGUGCAGGGCUGCCAUGGUGUAUUUCAUGUUGCUGCUUCAAUGGAUUUCGGGCUCGUCGAGAACAGCAACAGUGAGUAUAUACAGUCAAAGAUCAUUGAUCCUGCAAUCAAAGGAACGCUAAACCUUCUUAAAUCUUGCUUAAAAUCCAAAUCUGUGAAAAGGGUUGUUUUCACAUCCUCCAUCAGUACUCUAACUGCUAAAGAUAGCAAUGGAGAAUGGAAAAAAGUGGUUGACGAAACUUGCCAAACUCCAAUAGAUUAUGUCUUGAAUGCGAAAGCUAGUGGAUGGGUUUAUGUGCUCUCCAAGCUUCUUUCAGAAGGAGCAGCUUUCAAGUAUGCACAGCAGAAUGGUAUUGAUCUUGUUUCAGUAAUAACUACUACUGUUGCUGGUCCAUUCCUUACUUCAAGUAUUCCAGCAAGUAUUCAAGUUCUCUUAUCUCCAGUUACAGGUGACUCCAAGUUUAAUCCAAUACUAUCGGCAGUGAAUGCUAGAAUGGGUUCGAUCGCAUUAGUCCACAUUGAUGACAUAUGCAGUGCGCAUAUAUUUCUAAUGGAGAAGAGUCAAGCAGAAGGUCGAUACAUAUGCUGCAUGAACAGUUGUCUAAUGAAUGAAUUAAUUAAUCAUCUUGCAGAAGAAUAUCCUUGCUCAAACAUUCAGAGAUCUGCAGGGGGUAAAGAAGGUUCCAUACCUUCCGAGAUUUCUUCGAAGAAAUUAAGAGAAUUGGGAUUCACUUUCAAGCAUGACAUUAAAGAUAUAAUUCGUGAAACUAUUUCCUGCUGUGUGGACUACGGCUUUCUAGCGCAUACUAGAAAGUAAAGGAGGCUGAUUCUGUUGACAUUAUUUUAACCAACUCCAAUCUGCUUUGAUCAUUGACAGGAAAAAGCGUUCAAACCAUGUGGCUUUGAUUUUGUGGUAUACAAAAUGUUAGCAGAAUCAUCCUCCUCUGUCCCUCUCUAAGCUUGAGGUCCACCACAGUGCGAGUAAUUCAAAGCUUAUUAGAUAGAACCAAGCCAUGCUCUCUUGCACGCGUGGUCGAUUCUACAUGGUGGGAUGAAUAUGCUUGCGAUAGGAAAGGUGCGUGCAACCAUCCUACCUAAUAAUUCAUUGUAACACGGAGGGUAGUCAAACAGAAAUAAAUGAAGCAGCAUUCACAAAAUGACCAAAACCGUAGAUAUUUCUUGACAUAACUUUUGCUGCAAAGACAUGAAUUCUACUGCUGAAACAAUUGAAUAGCGACUUGCAGUGGUAAUUCGAUCUAAAGGCACUAAUUACGCCACUUUAACUCAAAUGCCAUUUGAAUUAACGAACUUCGUGCAGCUAUUUUAUUAUCAGAACAUUGAAUGGUA